AUUUAAGUCAAAUAGCAAUGCCGGGCUUAAAAUGUCCAUUCCUGUGAAUCAAUUAGGAACAACUAAUAUUGUGCUGACUACUGAUAAUCCACGGCAAUCAACCAAUGGUUUAGAAUCCACUACAAUUAAUAAUGAUAAAACGGAAGUACAUGUUGGUAGUCUUGGUUUAGGUACAGCAUUAGCUGUUGCAUAUGAUUUAUGCAAUGAUAAUGGCCUAAUCAAUGCAUUCAAUGUAAAUGCAAAUUCUCAAUUGACUAAUAAUUUCUUUACAUUAUCUACAACAAUUAAAUCAUCGCUACCAUCACUUACUACUACUACUAGUGCUACUACCACAACCAAUCAUUGUCGUAAUCAUACAUUGUCUUCUUUAUCUGAUCAAUAUGCAUAUAUUUCUUCGAAUUAUUAUUUUACAAAUAAUAAUAAUAAUAAUAACAAUAAUCAUCAUUCAACAUGUUUAACACAACAUUCAGAUAGUUAUUUAACACCGAUCACCUCAUCUACCAUAAUCAAUGAUUCGCCGAAUCCAACAAAAUCACUUCCAGUCAAUGAUAAUCAUCAUCAUCAUCCUAACAAUAAUGAUCAUUCCAAAUUAAUUCAUAAUUCCACUUGUGAUUUAUUCAUUAAUAAAACAAAUCAUCAUUAUUUACCUCAUGUAAAUUUUGUCAAUCAUGUAUGCUGUAGUCAACCAAUUGAUGUGACUUGUUCAAAUGGAAAUAUAAUUUCACAUACUAAUCAUCAUAAUCAUAAUAUUGAUAGUAAUACACAUAUUUCUAAUUUAUCUACUACUCUGUCAAGUAAUCAAAUUAAUUCUACACAUAGUAUAGACAAUGAAUGUACAAGUAUUCAUCAAGGAAUUACAUUCAAUAAUAAUAAUAAUAAUCAUACUAAUGGGAAUCAUAUUGUCAUGAAAGAAACAACAGAUACAAAUCAUGUUACAUCGUCAACAUCAUCGUCUGCCACAUCGAUCGAUGAUAGUUUAUAUCAGCUAUCGGAAGAAGAAAUGAAAAAAAUCGAUACAUCA